AUGCUUCCCAUAACAGAGCCCCCAGUGACUUUGCUGGUCUCUGGUGCCCCUGAGACUGACCCUAAGAAUGCCCCAGUGACUUUGCUGGUCUCUGGUGCCCCUGAGACUGACCCUAAGAAUGCCCCAGUGACUUUGCUGGUCUCUGGUGCCCCUGAGACUGACCCUAAGAAUUCCCCAGUGACUUUUCCAGUCUCUGGUGCCCCUGAGACUGACCCUAAGAAUGCCCCAGUGACUUUGCCAGUCUCUGGUGCCCCUGAGACUGACCCUAAGAAUGCCCCAGUGACUUUGCCAGUCUCUGGUGCCCCUGAGACUGACCCUAAGAAUGCCCAAGUGACUUUGCCGGUCUCUGGCAUUCCUGAGACCGCCCCAGUGGCUAUGCCCUGGAUGGAGACUUCGCCCAUCUCUGGCGCCCCAGAGACUUUACCCUCGUCCUGCCCCCCAGAGACUUUACCCUCGUCCUGCUCCCCAGUAACUUUACCCUCGUCCUGUCUUCAGCCCAGCUGA